CGCUGAGAGCAGAGCUGAGCGCGCGAGCUGAGCAUCAGUUAACUAACUACAGCACUGAGCUUCAGUCUGAGCACCUGAUCAGAGUUAUUGAUCAGAUAUUGAUCAGAUCUGAUAUGGGCACACUUUAGACUUAGACUGAGUUUAAUGUAGAUUAGUGUGGUGGAGAGUUUGGAGCAUCUGAUUUCAGAUCUGAGUUCAUUUGUGUGUAGGAGCUUAUCUUCAUCAUUAAUCUUCAUCAUCCAAUCAGAGGAGGAGGAGAAGAGAGAGAUGUUGUGUCUGCAGGAUUCGAGCAACUGCCUCCGUGAGCAGAUGCGCUACAUGAUGCGAUCUCUACAGGACCUGAAGCACCUGCGCAGGACCUGCACUGUGACGCCCCCUACAGGCCUGGCGGCGCCUCGCCUGCGCGCCUGCAAGCUGCUAAUUGCACAGCGGGAGCAGCGGGCACGGCUCAGGAUCAGCGAAGCCAGUGAGGCCAGCAGCUACGACUCUGCCUGCUGCCUGUCCAGCCCCCUGGAGGACGAGAGCGGAAGUGUGGGCAGCGUCCGUAACGCCAGCUCGCCCAGCAGCGAACGCAGCCUGGAGCUGGACUCCGGCUGCUCCGAAAACUCUUGGAGGGACGAGGGGGUUGUCCUCCGUCGCACCAGAAACGUGCGAGUGUCUUCGUCUGCAUGUCUGCGCACCAACCAGCUGGACAGUGUGCGGACCCGUCCCAAAUCCACAUCAGACGCCUGCUUAGAAAAAUGGACGUCGUUUGAAGCCUCAAGUGAGCCGGACGACUGGACGACGGCUCUGUUAACGCGGGGACGCAACCGGCAGCCACUCGUGCUGGGAGACAACAGCUUCGCCGACCUGGUCAAGAACUGGAUGGACUUGCCGGAGGUGCCGGAGCGACCGCUGGAAGAGAAGCCCCAAACGAGGCCCAACAUGGGCCGACGCCUGGCCAAAGACUUUCUGGUCAACGUGAGGCGAAGAAUAGCAGGAAUUUCACAAAGCAAGAAGCCAAUGGACUCUUCAAAGCAGAACAAGAGGCUUUCUUGCCAGAUAGACAUUCCGCGGAUGGUUCCCUUCUUCCAUAAGUCUCAUAUCGGCCUCAACGAGAUGGACACGGACUUUUACCGCUUCACCGCCCUCAUGAAGACCGGUAGCAGGCAGCCCAUCAUCUGUAAUGAUAUAAUUGGGUACAUAUGAGGCUGAUUCAACUGUGCUGAAUGGUCUGACUGAAUGGACUCUUUAAAAAGACACUUUGGCACCAUUUUUAUAUAAUGCUGCUUUAUAAAGGGUUUAUAAAGCAGUUUAUUAAUGUUAUUUGUUACAAAGCAUAAAUAGAAAGGGUAACUAUGGUCUGUCAUUUAUCAAAUAGUGAUUUCAUAUCUAUUAACACUGUUAAAUCUCAGAUCUUUCCUAAAAACCUUGAAAAUUAAUCUGAUAAAAUAGUAUCAGUAAAAGCCAGUUUUGUCAUUUAAUAUGUUAUUAUAUACACCACAUUUUGAUCACUGGAUAAAUUAUUAACCUGGCUUGUUAAAUGAAUAAAUCACUAUUGUGAGAUCACUAUUUGGUAAAUAAGAGACCUAAAGAACUCUACUUUUUAUGUGUAAUAUCUGCUUAGUUAUGAUUUUAAUAGUAUUUACAGCCUAACUAAUAACAUCACUACUUAUAAACCCUUUGUAAAGCACUAUUAUUUUUAAUGGUAGCAACACUUUCAUAUUUAUCGUCGCUGUCACACGAAAACUUUGUAUUAUCAUUUUGCUAACUUCACAGGUGAAGGAAUAAAAAGCUUUUUAACUUUAAAUUAAAGUCGAUGUAAAAGUAUUUUCUGUGCUAUCUUAUAAUUGUUCUACACAUUGUAUUAAAAUUUUAUGAUAAAUCAACCAAUUUGUUCAAAGUUAUUUGUAAAUUGAUUAAUUUAUCAUGGCAUUUUAAUACAUUGUUUAAAACAGCUGUCAGAUUCAAGAAGUAAAAAAAGCUAAAAUGGAGAUACAAGGUGUUUGCUAGGAAUGCACCAGAAUGAAAACAAUAAAACAACAAAAUGAAGAAAA